AUGAAAUUGGUAGAAAUCGAAAAGUUUUGGAUUUUCGAGCCAACAAUCCUCCAACUCCAUACAAACCACCAGUUCUGCCGAUCUGAAGAGCCGGUUAGAGAAGAGGAUGUUCUCGUGUUGAUGAAAAGAACUCUGCGACUGCAAAUCUUCUCGUGGAUUCUGCUCGCUUUUUCCCUUGGAAGUCUCGGCUAUAAUUGCUUCUUGAUCGUUCUUUCAGCACAAUUGAAUGUGAAAAACGAUGAGCUACGAGGGCUGAAUGAGAAACUAGGGGAACAAGUGAAAUCCCUUUCACUGUCCGGAUGGGACCAAUCAGAGACAACCGGUCACUACUACAGGCUGAUCACUAAUGUCACCGCGUGUCAAGCGUUCGCCGAAUGCAGAGCGCGCGGCGGCUUUUUAGCUUCGAUUCACUCUGAUGAAGAAAAUCGAGUUGCUAAUGACUUCUUACGGACAGGUCACUAUGCCACCAGUGGAAUCUACGAGGGAGUAUUUGUCGGCGCAAAACGGACGGGUGGUCUUGGCGUCGGUGAGUGGGUAUGGUUGGACGGAACACCCUGGAAUUACACAAUGUGGAGGAAAGGAGAGCCGAGUUUCGCGCACACUCAAGAGAAUUGUCUACAGCUGAAUGUUGACCUCGACGCUAACCCGGCUGUUGAGGCGAGAUGGAGUGCUGUUUCUUGUGAUAUCUCAUUUCGAGUGGCCCUCUGUCAGAAAAACAACUCUUUG